UAAGGGGCCCCGCCCCCCUCCCCAUAAAAAGCCAGGGUGCGGUGGGGCAGCCACAGCUGGCACCCAGCCUCCAGAGCACCAGCGCCGCAUUGGCACACACUAUGGCAACCGAAGUGCAAGUCCUGCUCUCGCCGCUGAAAGGGGGGCAUCCUCCUGCAGUGAAGGCUGGAGGAAAGCGAAUUUCCAAAAAACAAGACACUGGAGUCUUGGAGAGACAAAGCAAAAAAUCCGGAUUAGAGAAGACAAGUGCCAUUGCAAAUGCUGCCAAAAUACAGACGCUGGAUGUGCUGAAUGACACUCUGGACAAGGUGAGCCAUAGCUCAACCAUAAAUUUCCGGCAACAGUGCACACGGCACAUCAAAAACCCACACCUGCUCUGGAGAAGGUCGCUCCGCUGAAAAGGAUCUACAUUAUUCAGCAGCCUCGGAAAUGUUAAGCCAGCACGUAAAACCCAGCCGUCUGGCUGACUGCCUGCAGCAUCUGACGGCUUAGAAAAAGGAUCAACACUUCCCAUAGGCCUGGUGCACUUGCUUGGUAAAUAAAACAGCUUUUGUAUGCUCCCUUUUGACUUUAGAUAAUAAAGCACCCAAAACUGCAAA